AUGGCGUUGUCGUCGCUGACUUCGCCUACGGGAACAGUUGAAAAUAUACCAUCGCCUAGAGUUUCUACGAGGUUCUUUCGUUGAGAAUAACGUUUCAACUUUGUAGGAAGAUUUUUUGUAUUAUAAAUUUUGAUUUUUUUAUUUUGUCCGAAAAAUAAGUUGAAUCAGAAGAAAUAGAACAGUUGUCAUAUGAUUUCAACUAGGAAAUUAUAGCCUGUUUAGAUUUUCAAUGUCGAGUGCAAUGACGUCAUUCAAAAACACUCUGUAGAUGGCUCGCUCUCUGAUUGGUUUAUCCCACCAUUAGGGGCGGAGCUUGAGCUACGACAUGACAUUCAAAAUCUGAACAGAGUAUAUUUGGAAUCUCACUUGGUAUCUAGUUUAAUAGUUGCUGGUUUUUAGACAUCAGUGAAGAUAGGAACCCCCCUUCCCACUGGAAUUAAUUUCGUAUGAAAAAAAUAGAUACUUUUGAUCUUUGAAAAAUUUCAUAAAUUUCGAAAAAAAUUUUUAGGACAAAAACACAAUAAUGGGAUCAAGGAAGGAGUGGAGGCCUGCUUGACCGGAGAUCUGGCCGGUUUGGAUGAGGUGCUCUCCGCUGGACUUUCUCCUAACCAGUUUGAUCAGGUUUCGUCCAAUUUCUGUAUACCUUCCAAAGAUCUUCAGGAAAACUGCACCAUGCUCCAUUGGGCGGCGAUAAAUCAGCAUGUGCACAUCAUUGAGAGGUUUAGAAUACUCGGUUCUGGAAAAAGCUUGAAAAUCCUAUAUUGAAGCUAAAAGCUCACCAAUUCAAAGUUUGAGAAAAGCUUAAGACAGCGCAUCUAUUAGACCUAUAUUCACAUACCCCCCGCCAUAUAGAACUCCAUCCCGUUGUCAGACUCCUCGACAGCGGUGCCGAUCCAAACAUCAUCGGAGGGGAUCUCAAGUCGACGCCGCUGCACUGGGCCGCCUACGCUGGAAGCCUGAAAGCCGCUGUUGCUCUGGUCAAAGUCUGGCUGACAGUCUUCCUCAACUACUCAUCAAAUAAUCCUCAGGGUGGAGCAAGUGGCGAAGUUCUGAGCAUCAACGGUGAGACGCCUCUUCAUCUGGCAGCACAGACGUCGGCCACUGCCGUAGUAGCCUAUCUUCUGGUCAAGUUUGGGGAUGUCAAGAAGUUUCGCGACAGGAAAGGUGAUUCUAUGUUCACGCGUUUUCGCGGUUUGGAGAGAGCGUGUAAACAUAGGAGAGUUUAGAGAGGCGAGACAUUUUCAAACCAUGACAAUGUAUAGUUAACGAUGUAUAGUUAGUCCAGUUCGGAUCUAAAAACUGCUAUUUUUCGACCAAUACAUGGUCUUUAUCUGUCAGCCAUGAAUUUUUGAUUUUUUUGUGUCCGUUUUUUGCGGGCGGGACUUCUCUGCGCCCUCCUUAUCUCUCGGCGUCCCUCUCAUGUUUACGUGCUGUUUCCAUGUUUCUCUGCCCUCGCCGGUGAGGGAACAGAGAGACGCAGACAUUCGAAGAGUGUCAAGUCGCGGCCGACGGACUAUAUUUCCAUCUUUUCGAAUAAAAUUAUCUCUUUCCCAUCAGCAAAAGUUAAGAAAUUUGGAAUUUUAUUAAUAGCCUCCUCUAUUUUUUUGCAAUGGGAACAUCUUGCACCUAGCAGAGCUCUGGUCAGGAUCUUGUGGCGACUGUUUCGAGUUUUUUUUCGACAGUACUGUCCUCAAUUGACCUCUUUUCAAGCUCAAAUGAUUUGAUUUGAUUUUAUAGUCUGUGUGCCACGUUUUAAAAUUUCACAGAACGACAUUCCGCUGUUCUGCUGCGUGCGUUCGCGAAGCGUCUUUCGAAUCUAGGUCACGCUUUCAAUUGAUUGUUAUUGAUGUGGGAGCACACGAAAGUAGAGUACCUUGAUAAAAGAAAAAAAAAUUAAUAGCGCGACCAAGGUUCGCAAAGACGCGCAGCGGCACAGCGGAAUGUCGUUCGGUGAAAUUCCAAGUCUUGGUACACAGACUAUAAGAAAAAGUCAACUUCAGGCCGGACCCCAUUGAUGUUGGCGGCGAAGUCGACGUUUGGCAUGUUCCCGAUCAAGCUGCUCAUCGACGAAGGUUCUGACGUCGACAGCGCCGACCCGAUUACGGUAUCCAACCUUCAAUCAACCACAGUAACUCAAUUUUCAGGGAGACACCUGCCUCCACAUUGCCGUUCAGGCGAAUAACUUGUCGGCGGCUGAGUACUAAGAAUUUAUCUUUAAAAAUUAUUCUUUGAUUUUUUAGAGAACUUCUGAAAGGCGGAGCAAAUCCCGAAAUCGCCAACGAAAAAGGCAAGACACCUUUGGAGGUGGCAGAAGAACAGAAGAACAAAAUGAUGCUCGGUUCGACUCUUUUUCCUGACAAGGAGAAGAAAAACUUUCAUUUCAGCGAUUUUUGAUCGGAAUUACAACGAUGAGAUUUGCAUGAUGGAUCCCGACUUGUUUCUCAAGACUUGCACAUUUUUCCUUCCUGGUCUGUCCAGCCUGAAAUAAUCUGCGAAUUUUUGAAUCUUAGCCCUUCUUUUCGGCGUUUUUGGAGCCGUUUUCGUCCUGACACAUUACGCGAUCGGCUUCGGCCUUCUGAUUCUUCUGAUGCUCUUUUCAGUUGUAAUACUGAAUAAGAUCGAGUUGAAGAGGACUUAUCUCUUACCAGUCGGAUACAUUUUUUCCUACGGAGUCACGAUUUUCGUCUGUUGGUGAGCUUGUUGCUUUGUUCUCCCGCAGUUGGAAUGGCUCUAUGCGGCGCGGUCGCGUAGCGGUCCAAGUCGAGACUCCAGACUUUGCAUUACAGGUGUCGCUUACCUUCAAAUAUCUACUAUAGUCGUGUACUAAGACUUGAAAUUUCACCGAACGACAUUCCGCUGUUCCGCUGCGUGCGUUCGCGAAGCGUCUUUCGAAUCUAAAUCACGCUUUCAAUUGAUUUUUAUUGCUGUGGGAGCACAUGGAAAUAACUACCUUAAUAAAAGCAAAAAAAAAAAAAAUAAUCAAAAGCGCGACCAAGGUUCACAAAGGCGCGCGGCGGCACAGCGGAAUGUCGUUUGGUGAAAUUCCAAUUCGCGGUACACAGGCUAUAACGGCGCGAAGUUCAAAACCUCUACGAGUAAAGCCAUUCCAAGUGCGGCCACAGACAAGCCGUGUUGCGAAAUAAUCCCUCAAAUCGACUUAUUUUUCUUCAGGGCCGCCUACUUCAUAUAUGAAACUCCAAUCAUCUUACAAGUGGUCUAUUUGAUAUUCUGGUCCAGCACGACUUUCUUUUUCACUAAGUUUGUUCCUCAAAUAGCCUGACUUCUCUGUGCUUUGGUUUUUUGGUCUGCUUUCAUUUUCAUAGGACCUCGAUAGGAAACAAGCUAAACAGUUCCAAAUAGUUACUUAGACAAAUCCUGCGAAGGUUAAUGGAACCCCUAUAGGGACCUCUCUCAGCAGGAGGUUGAAGGUUUUGAGAAGACUUUGGGAAGGUGUUAAGAAGCUAGUUGCAAGUCCUUUGGAAGGUAGAAUCCAAAAAAUGUCGCUAAAAUACUUCCAGCAGGCUUCUGGAAGUUUCUAUUCAGAUUUUGAAGGUCAAGUCAUCUCUCAAACUCCGCCCCUUAUGCGUAGAUCAAACCAAUCAGAGAACGAGCCAUCCACAGAGCGUUGUAGGGGGCGGAGUUUGCUGCUUGACAUUCAAAAUCUGAACAGACUAUAACUAGGAGGCGUUUGGAUUGGUACCAAGGUUCUAAAAUUUGACCGUUCGACCAAUUAGACCGUUCAACUGAUUUGACCGUUCAGUUUUCGAACGGUUAUAACAUGUCAUUCUUCUGACUGUUCGUUUCACUGACCAGUUCCUGAAAUUCACGAAACCGACCGACCAUUUUAAGAGUGACAUUUUGAACGGUCAAAAACCAACAUGUCACUCUGAAGCGACUUGUUGAAAUGUUGAAAGUCCAACCGUUCGACCAAUGAAUAUUUAUUAUCACAUGUUGAAAAAAUAUUGGUCGAACGGCCAAUUUUCGAAACUAUAAUUGGUAUGUGACGACUUGCUGGUAAGCUUCCAACGCCUUCCGAGGAACCGAAAGCUGAAGCUCCCAAAUUCUUACCUGAGUAUGAUUCAUAAUAAGAAUGAACAUAUCCAGAACGAUCUUCAUGAAUGACGGAGUGAUCGAACCGCCAAAAAACGCACGAGAAGAAUACGUUCAAAUGGUAGAGACCUCAGACCUCGCCGAAACUCCGAUCUAUUGCUUCACUUGCUGGGUUCCAAGGCCGGCCGAGUCCAAGCACUGCUCUGUCUGCGACCAGUAACGUAUUUUCUAAAAAAUAGCCUUCAACUUGGAUUUUAGUUGCGUCCGCGACUUUGACCAUCACUGUCCUUGGCUCAACCGGUGUAUCACCAGGUAUUUCCCACCCGUUUUCUGAUUUAGACUUUUGAAGUUUGGGGGAGGGGAAGUAUCUUAAUUUCUGCCUGGUCUCAUAAAAACUGCAUAACUAAUGCAUAAAACAAGCCUAUUUUAAAAGGAAAGCGACUUGAGAAAGACUGAAAAAUGAUAAUUUUGGCCUCGGAAGUUUCCGAAAAUUGGCCACUCUAGACUACUGAAAAUGUUAAUCUGCUCCUAGUUCUCCGAGAAAAAAUGCUCCUGAGUCAAUUUUUCAUAAUACGCUGAGCUUUCUGAGACAUUUGUUACAGGAAAAUAGAACGUUGAGAUUUUUGGAAUGAUUUAGCAAAAGUUGUAGUGGGUCCUAAAGGGAGUUUGAGAUUUAGGGGGUCCUACAGGUAGGGACCGCAGAGCCACGCCCACUUCGCUGUUCAAAAAACUUCGUCAUUUUCGUUGCAUUUUGGUUCUUUUUUAUAUUUUAAAACAGUUUUUCUUGUACCGAUUUGGGAAAAAAUUGGGGGAAACAUACAAUCGGCUAUGCUUAACAAUCCUACAUAAAAGAAAAUAGGUAAACUUAGGAAAGAUGCAUUUUAUGAAUUUUCGAGUAAAAUCCUUCCCUUAUCAACAGACGGACUUCAGAUCGAACCACCGCGAGUUCGUCUGUAUCAUACUUUUCGGCACCCUGUGCAACCUUUCCUUUGGCGCAUGUGUUAUUUUACUAUUGUAUUCGAAAAAUCUUUCUCUAGGUUGGUUUUUGUUGAAUUUUCUUCAAUGAUUUUUGUUCAGAAGAAACUCUAAAGCAGUACAGUUUCCUGCUUUUGACCUCGUUAUCAACAUUUGUCCUGCUUGUGUCGACCUGCGGUCUGGGUUCCAUUCAACUUGAGCAGGUUUUCUUCGAAUUCAGAUUUUGAGUUUUUUUGUGGCUCCAAGAGAUAUCUGAUAAGCUGGGAUGAUAUGAAGAGAAUGAGAAUGAGAAGAUUUUUGAUCUGUAGUACCAUUUUUUUCUAAUUAUUUUAUUCAAAUCUAGUUUUUUUGACAGUUUCCUGCUGGAUUUUAUUGAAGGCGUAUAAGUCUUACUCAAACUGAAAAUUCACUGAAAACUGCUAGAAAUUUUUGAAUCUAUAUCUGUAGAAGAAAGCUCAGAAAUAGACUUUUAACAAAAGGAAAACCUCUUUUAAAUCUCUUUUUGUUUAAAACGUCCUUGAUUCCCUGCUGAAGCCUCUUUUAGGACCUUCUGAUUCUAGAAAAAGAAAAAAUGUUCUGUUUCAAGCUUUUGAAGCGUCUUAACUAGAAAACCAGAACUGUUGCGAAAAAUAUUCUUUCACUUAUUUUGAAAUCAAGAGGUCACUUUAGUAAAUUUUCACGAAAGGUUCAACCGAGAUCCACGGCAUUCCUAAUGGUAAGCGGGGCGUCAAAACUUCAGAAUUUACAAAAAAAAAAGUAACUGGCGCUCCGGAUCAAAUGACGUCAUUCUACGUCACAAAUUAUACUGAGUAUUCAACGUUAAUAACUUGUUUGUUCGAUUGCCUUUGGCUGCGUACAUACGAUUUGAAUUUUAGCCCCAAAAUUUUUUUAACGUCGUGGGGGCAAAAAAAAACGUUUUCUGAUUUAUUGUGAACACCUUCAGAUCACCAGCAACACGACAACAAACCAGAAGAUUAUGAUGAAAAGGAACCUCCAAGCGACGGCUUCAACGAGGACGGCUUCCAGCAGCAAUCCUUCAGAAUCUCGUCAAGCUUCCGAGUUCUUCCAAUUUUUUUUCAUAUAUUUUCACGCAAGUUUUUUAGAGCCCCGCCCAAUGAUAGGUUGACGUGUGGACAACGCUUCAAAAAUUUCGUCGCGUUUUGCAAAAAACGAGAGGCCUGA